GCUGUUCUUCUAUGCCCCCUGGUGUGGCCAGUCCAUUGCCGCCAGGACGGAAAUUGAGCAAGCAGCCAGUCGGCUCUCGGACCAGGUGUUGUUUGUGGCAGUUAACUGUUGGUGGAACCAGGGGAAAUGCAGAAAACAGAAACACUUCUUUUAUUUUCCUGUAAUAUAUCUGUAUCAUCGGAGCCUGGAGUCCUUGGGUUCUUUGAGUUCAGCGGCUCACCCCAGCCCCCUGGGUACUUGACCUUCUUCACGUCAGCAUUGCAUUCAUUACAAAGAGAUUACCUAGGAACAGUUCGAUUUGGGGUUAUCACAAAUAAGCACCUUGCGAAACUCGUAUCCUUAGUACACUCUGGAAGUGUGUAUUUACAUAGACAUUUCAACACGUCACUUGUCUUUCCCAGAGAGGUCAUGAACUACACCGCUGAGAACAUCUGUAAAUGGGCCUUAGAGAACCAGGAGACACUCCUCCGCUGGCUGCGGCCUCACGGAGGCAAGAGCCUUCUGCUGAACAAUGAACUGAAGAAAGGGCCAGCGCUUUUUGUAUUCAUACCCUUUGAUCCCUUAGCCGAAAGUCACCCUUUAAUAGAUGAGAUCACCGAAGUGGCCUUGGAGUACAACAACUGUCAUGGGGACCAGGUGGUGGAGCGGCUCCUGCAGCACCUGAGGCGUGGGGAUGCGCCUGUGGUGGAGACGCUGGCCCCCGAGGUACCCGCACUGCUGGCAGCCCCCCCGCAGAUCGCUGCAUCUCCCUGCUGCAACACUGUGGUGCUGCCCCAGUGGCAUGCCAUGUCCAGGACCCACAACGUGUGUGAGCUCUGUGUCAACCAGAGCAGCGGGGGUGUCAAGCCCAGCUCAGUCAGCAUGCCACAGUGCAGCUUCUUCGAGAUGUCGGCCGCACUGGAUUCCUUCUACCUCAAGGAACAGACCUUUUACCACGUGGCAUCAGGCAGCAUAGAGUGCAGCAACUUUUUAAGCUCCUACAGCCCUUUCAGCUACUACACUGCAUGUUGCAGGACCAUAAGCAGGCCUGUGCCGGGCUUCAUUGAUGCUGCAGACGAGGUCUUUGAAGCCCCAGCCAUUGGCUUCUCUUCCCUGGGGGAGAAAUGUGAGGCCAACGGUCCAAGCUCCGUUCCUCACAUUGAGGAGAACCGCUUCCUCUUCCCCGAGGUGGACCUGGCGGACGCACACUUCACAGGUCUCAGCUGCAGGACCAACAAGACCCUGAACAUGUACCUGCUGGAUUCCAAUCUUUUCUGGUUGUAUGCAGAGCGGCUGGGUGCUCCAAGUGCCACCCCAUCGCGAGAGUUUGCUGCCAUCGUGGAUGUGAAGGAAGAGUCCCACUACAUCCUGGACCCCAAGCAAGCACUGGUGAAGUUCACCCUAGAGUCUUUCAUUCAGAACUUCAGCAUUCUCUACAGUCCCUUGAAAAGGCAUCUUAUUGGAAGUGACUCUGCCCAGUACCCUUCUCAGCAUUUAAUCACUGAAGUGACAACUGAUACCUUUUGGGAAGUGGUCCUCCAGAAGCAGGAUGUCUUGCUACUUUAUUAUGCACAGUGGUGCGGCUUCUGCCCCUCCCUCAAUCACGUCUUUAUCCAGCUGGCUCGGCUCCUGCCAGCGGACUCAUUCACGGUGGCCAGAAUUGAUGUCGCUCAGAACGAUCUUCCCUGGGAAUUCAUGGUUGACCGUCUUCCAACUGUCUUAUUUUUCCCCUGCAACAGAAAGGACUUAAGUGUGAAGUUUCCCGAAGACCUCCCCAUCACCCUCCCCAACCUGCUCAAGUUCAUCCUGUAUCACUCAAACCCUGCCUGGAGCCCGGCCAGCACCCCGACCCCUGAGUGCCAGCGGAGUGAGGCUGCCCUGCAGCAGGGCCACAUCUCCCACCUGGAGCGAGAGAUCCAGAAGCUGCGCGCGGAGAUCAGCUCACUGCACCUUGCGCAGGUGCAGGUGGAGGCCCAGCUGGCCAGCGCCCGGAGAGACGAGCACCGGCUGCUGCGGCAGAAGCAGACUCUGGAGCAGCAGCACAGCCUGCUCCGGCUGCACAGUGAGCAGCUGCGGGUGCUCUACGAGCAGAAGACCAGCGAGCUGGAGGAGGUGGCGCGCAGGCUCCAGGAGCUGGCCGACGCCUCAGAGAGCCUGCUCACCGAGAACGCAUGGCUCAAACUCCUGGUUGCCAGCAUGGAGAGGAGGCUGGAGAACAGGGAGAGUGCGACAAGCACGCAAGUUCCCAUGGAAGCAGUGCACCCCGACCAGCCCGAGCCUGCAGGUGUCCCCCAUUUACCUGGCAGCAGCCCACCCAAUGCCAGUGCCACACUGGCACCUGAGAUGAGUGCUGAGAACAGGACAGACUAGCCCUUCAAGUGCCAUGCAACUGUACAUUGGGAAUGUAUUUAUGCAAAUUUUAUUGAAAUUUAUUGUAAAUAAAGAUUUUUCUCAGUGGUCUAGAAAA